GUUCACUGGCUGCAAAAAGCCAAGAUGGCGACGGCCAAAAUGCCGAACUCUGGCUUCAUAACAUCAGUCUAUAGACCAAUGGGUGACUCGUGUUCUCUGAAUCUUUCCCGCCUCAGUAACGACGGGACCGAGUUCGGCGGCUCCAUCUACCAGAAGGUGAACGAGGAGCUGGAGACGGCGGUGACUCUGGCUUGGACCGCCGGCAGCAACAACACUCGCUUCGGCAUCGCCGCCAAAUACAAGCUGGACAAAGACGCCUCUCUGUCUGCCAAAGUCAACAACGCCAGUCUGAUCGGAGUGGGUUACACUCAGAGCCUCCGGCCAGGCGUGAAGGUUACUCUCUCAGCUCUAAUCGACGGGAAGAACUUCAACGCCGGCGGUCACAAAGUGGGGAUGGGCUUCGAGCUGGAGGUGUAACGAGGAGAACAAAGAAGAGGAAAAAGAAAAGAGACCCCCGAACCACAUCAACCCCCCCCCCCCCACACACACACACACAUACACUUCCUCCCCCAUCGUCCACACAUUUCAUGAGCAUCUUCUGACAGUGAUGGCGGAGCCUCGGCGUUGAGCUUAAACAGACGAGUUGCGAGGUCGUCGAUCCUGAAACUGGAUGAUUACGACACCAAGUUAUUCCCCAUUCCCCCCCCCGCCCCCCCCCCCCACCCGUAGGUCGUCGUUGAUGUGUAGCUUCUGUUCUUCGGUCGCGUCCUGCCUUCCUUUAAUAAAAGCAUGUAAGUAAGAAAGAAAAGGUGGAGCUCAAAGCUUACUUGCUGGUUAAAAAGAAUAUAAAAAGGUGCUGAGUGUCUGUUACGUUUGGAGCACUUGUUACUAUUUAAUCCGUUUAAAUGUUUCACACAUUUCAUGAACAUAUGACUGAAAUAUUGAGGCCGAGUUGGUGAAUGAAGGACAUUUUACAAACGAUGAAGGUCUGCUCAGAUGCUCCUCUCUUUGAUCCUUUGUCUUUACCGGUAGGUGAGAUCAAUGUCGUGGAAUCUUCUCAUGUAGUUAGUUUGCAUUUCUACACUAUUGUUUUCAUCUGUCGUCACAAAGGACCGUGAGGAUAGAGAUGUUUUUGCGUCUGCUGUUUCCUCUCGUUGCCGUCGCUGCUCUCUUCUCUUCUCAAUAAAAACAACCUUCACUCCUCAGAUCUGUACAUACAACAGUUUAUUGACCUCCGAGUGACUCCGAUCAAAGCGCUUUCAUAGGACUAUGGAAGCGGGUCGCUGUCUCCCACAUGACUCUCCUAUUUGUUUCUGAUAUUUUUGUGUUUUUUCUCUCCAUCUAAUUGUGACAUUAUGAGUCUACGGCUCAUCUUUCUUUGUCACUUAGACACAGUACCUCGUUUUGUUUCCAAUGUCAACUAAGGGAAUUCAAAUAAUAAAAAAAAGAAAUUAAAAAUCUUGUCU